UCCGCAAGUCGGCGGGGUGCGAGCGAGAGUCGAGGGGCGGCCGGCGGCAGCCCGGGUCCUGCGCGCUGCUCGCUCUGCGCCUCCGCGGCGACGCCCAGGCGGGGCGGUCCCGGCUGCCGGCUGCGGCGGGGGGCUUUUCCUCUUCCCUCGCAUCUGUGUUCUGAUCGCGAAUUCAUCCAGGGUCCAGGAUGACGAUCCGACACCAAGGCCAGCAGUACAGGCCGAGGAUGGCAUUUCUGCAGAAGAUUGAAGCACUGGUGAAGGACAUGCAGGACCCGGAGACUGGGGUCAAAAUGCAGAACCAGAGGGUCCUGGUCACCAGUGUCCCUCAUGCCAUGACAGGAGGUGAUGUUCUGCAGUGGAUCACUCAGCGGCUUUGGAUCUCCACUCUGGAGGCACAGAACUUGGGCAACUUCAUUGUCAAGUAUGGCUACAUUUACCCUCUGCAAGACCCCAAGAAUCUUGUUCUCAAGCCUGACAGCAGCCUCUACCGAUUCCAGACACCAUAUUUCUGGCCCACCCAGCAGUGGCCAGCUGAAGAUACAGAUUACGCCAUUUAUCUAGCCAAGAGAAAUAUCAAGAAGAAAGGGAUUUUAGAAGAAUAUGAAAAGGAAAAUUAUAAUUUCUUGAACAAAAAAAUUAACUACAAGUGGGACUUUGUCAUUAUGCAGGCCAAAGAGCAGUACAGGACUGGGAAAGAAAGGAACAAGGCUGACAGGUAUGCUCUGGAUUGCCAGGAGAAGGCGUAUUGGCUGGUGCACCGGUGCCCUCCGGGCAUGAACAAUGUGCUGGACUAUGGCCUGGACCGUGUGACCAAUCCGAAUGAAGUGAAGAAACAAACAAUCACUGCUGUCAGAAAAGAGAUCAUGUAUUACCAGCAGGCCUUAAUGCGGUCCACGGUGAAGUCUUCAGUGUCCCUUGGAGGGAUCGUCAAGUAUAGCGAGCAGUUCUCCUCCAACGACGCCAUCAUGUCAGGCUGCCUUCCUAGCAACCCUUGGAUAACAGAUGACACCCAGUUUUGGGACUUAAAUGCCAAGCUGGUGGAAAUCCCGACCAAGAUGCGGGUGGAACGCUGGGCCUUCAACUUCAGUGAACUGAUCCGAGAUCCCAAGGGUCGGCAGAGCUUCCAGUACUUUCUGAAGAAAGAAUUCAGUGGGGAGAAUCUGGGAUUCUGGGAAGCCUGUGAGGAUCUGAAGUAUGGAGAUCAGUCCAAGGUCAAGGAGAAAGCAGAGGAGAUUUACAAACUGUUCCUGGCCCCGGGGGCAAGGCGGUGGAUCAACAUCGAUGGCAAAACCAUGGACAUCACAGUAAAAGGACUGAGGCACCCCCACCGCUAUGUGCUGGACGCAGCGCAGACCCACAUCUACAUGCUCAUGAAGAAAGAUUCUUAUGCUCGCUAUUUAAAGUCCCCGAUCUAUAAGGAAAUGCUGGCCAAAGCUAUCGAGCCCCAGGAAACCACCAAGAGGAGCUCCAGCCUCCCGUUUAUGCGACGUCACCUGCGCUCCAGCCCAAGCCCUGUCAUCCUGAGACAACUGGAAGAGGAAGCCAAAGCUCGAGAAGCAGCCAACACAGUGGACAUCACCCAGCCCGGCCAGCACAUGGCUCCCAGCCCCCACCUGGCCGUGUACACCGGGACCUGCGUGCCGCCCUCUCCUUCUGGCCCCUUCUCCCCGUCCUGCCGCUCCCCCCGGAGGCCCUUCCCUUCACCCAGCCGCUUCAUCCGGCGGCCCAGCAGCACCAUCUGCCCUUCGCCUAUUCAGGUGGCCCUGGAGAGCUCCUCGGGCUCAGAGCCCAAAGGGGAGGCCAGCUGGUCCAGUGCCCACCGUGGGCCCCUGGCUACUGAGGGCAGCGAGGCCUCCACCGACUGCCCUGGGGCUCGCGGCCAUCCCCGGGCCCCCACCAAGGCCCGUGCGGCCCUGUCCUUCAGCAGGUUCCUGAGACGGGGCUGCCUGGCCUCACCUGUCUUCGCCCGGCUCUCCCCCAAGUGCCCUGCUGUGUCCCACGGCAAGGUGCAGCCCCUGGGGGAUGUGGGCCAGCAGCUGCCAAGACUGAAACCCAAGAGAGUGACCAACUUUUUCCAGAUCAAAAUGGACGUGCCUACAGACAUCGGGCCCUUCCUGAUGGACUCGGACGACACAGGGACGGGAGAGACUGGGGCCCGGGACACAGAGAAGGAGGUCAUCUGCCCCUGGGAGAGCCUGGCCUCCGGAAAGGCAGGCUGAGCUGGUGCCCCCGGCCAGGAAGAUGCUCCUGGCAGACUCUUCCAGACAGGGCCACGGGGUGUACUUGCGCCCAAACCAAAGUGCGUUAGGAUGAAGUUGGAGGCUGCUGAGACCAGACGGGACAUGGGGAGGAAUGCGCCGGCUGGCUCCCAAUGGCCACCCCUUCCCUUCCCCUGACUUUCCACUGCUUGGCCAGAAAGGCAUGUGGGCCAGGAGUCCCGUGCUGCCUUAAAAUCAAUAAAAGGGUGAA